CGGAUUUAACUUUAAUGGUGCCCUCUUCUUCUUCUCCUUUCUUGACCCUUCAAUAAGUACCCUCUUGGGUCCGCCUGGAUCGUCCAAAGGUAAUGGCUUUUUUCAGUAAAGACAUUGAUCCAGCAUUACAAGGUGCAGGUGCAAAAGCUGGUUUGGAAAUCUGGUGUGUUGAGAAUCUUCUGUUGGUGCCUGUUCCUAAGACUUCUCAUGGCAAAUUUUAUUCUGGAAGUGCAUAUCUUGUUUUACAUACAAUUCUGGUAAAAAGCGGCCCUCCUCAGCAUGAUAUACAUUACUGGUUGGGAAAUCAUGCAAAUGAGGUGGAUUCAACAUUGGUAUCAGAUAAAGCUCUGGAAUUAGAUGCUGCUUUAGGGUCCUGCACUGUGCAGUAUAAGGAAGUUGAAGGCCAAGAAACAGAAAAGUUUUUGUCUUACUUUAAACCAUGUAUCAUUCCACUUGAAGGAGUAUAUUCUUCACAACCAGGGAAAUCAAAUGGUGAGACAUACAGAAUCAGCUUAUUAACAUGCAAGGGAGAUCAUGCUGUUCAUGUUAAAGAAGUACCUUUUUCUCGGUCAUCCUUAAAUCACAACGAUGUUUUUGUCCUUGACACUGCAUCAAAAGUCUUCCUCUUUAGUGGUUGCAACUCCACUAUCCAAGAAAGAGCUAAAGCUUUGGAGGUUGUUCAUUAUAUCAAAGAGAAUAAGCACGGUGGAAACUGUGAGGUGGCAGCUAUAGAGGAUGGGAAAUUGGUUGGUGAUCCUGAUGUUGGUGAAUUCUGGAGUUUGUUUGGUGGUUAUGCUCCCAUUCCCAGGGAGACACCUUUGGCUGUUCAGCAGCAGCCUGAUACUACACCUGUAAAAUUAUUCUGGAUAACAUAUCAGAAGAAACUCGUUCAAGUGGCAACUAGUUCACUGAACAGAGAUACACUUGAAAAAGACAAGUGCUAUUUGUUAGAUUGUGACACUGAAGUUUUUGUUUGGCUGGGAAGAGUUACCUCUGUAACUGAACGGAAGACAUCUAUUUCGGCAGCAGAGGAUUUUCUCAGGGAGCAGGGUAGGUCAAAUGGGACUCAUUUAACAUUUAUAACUGAAGGAUUGGAAACCCCCAUGUUUAGGUCUUACUUUAGCAGUUGGCCUCAAACUGUGGAGACCAAGUUGUAUGAUGAAGGUCGAGAAAAAGUGGCAGCAAUGUUCAAGCAACAUGGUUAUGACGUGAAGGAGCUUCCUCAAGAUGACUGCGAGCCUUAUAUAAAUUGUAGAGGCACACUGAAAGUGUGGCAGGUGAAUGGUAAUGAGUUGUCCCUUGUUCCAGUUUCAGAACAGACAAAGCUUUUCAGCGGGGAUUGCUAUAUUGUGCAGUAUUCUUAUCCUGGCGAUGAAAGAGAUGAGAAUUUAUUUUAUGCAUGGCUUGGAUGUGGUAGUGUAAUGGAUGACAGGGUUGAUGCAAUCUCAAAUAUGAGUGCCCUAGUUGAUUCAACUAAGGGGGAUGCAGUAAUGGCUCAAGUUACUGAGGGUAAAGAGCCAGCUCAGUUGUUUUUGAUUUUUCAGACAUUAAUUAUUUUGAAGGGAGGCAUCAGUACACGAUACAAGACAUUUAUAGCUGAAAAUGGUUUUGCUGAUGAAACUUAUGAUGAAGAAAAGACAGCUCUUUUUCGAAUUCAGGGUACAAAUCCAAACAACAUGCAGGCUAUCCAAGUUGAUCUGGUUUCAAGCUCCUUGAAUUCAUCUUAUUGUUACAUUCUGCAAAAUGGAACAUCUGUUUUCACAUGGAUUGGGAAUCUUACCUCGACCAAAGAUCACGAUCUUCUUGACAGAAUGCUUGAACUGAUAAAUCCUACAUGGCAACCUAUAUCAGUGAGAGAAGGUAGUGAACCAGAUAGUUUCUGGAGUUUACUUGGUGGAAAGACAGAAUAUCCAAAAGAAAAGAAGAUGAAGAAAUUCAUAGAAGAUCCUCAUCUGUUUAUAUGUGUUUUGACGGAAGGUAAGCAAAAGAUCCUCUAUUUAUGCUUCUAUUCUCUAAAAGGAUAAUUUGCUGCUCCCUUGGUUCUGAAUUAUCUCAGCUUUAGUGGCUGAAAAGAAUAUCUGACAGCAGUUAUGGUUCUUUGGCUCCUUGGUUUGAUUUUUGCUGCUCAGGUGAUUUCAAGGUAAAGCAUGUAUGAUUCCUUUAGUUUAAAUAAAGAAAAGCACUGUCA